CCAUCUUCUUUAUAUUAAAUCUAGCUCUUGCUGGGAACCCGUCGUAGCUUAAAUUAUCAAAAGAAAGGAGUUAAUAGAGAAAUUAGAUAAGAGAAAAUGGAGUGUUGUGGGAGGCCAAACAGGAGUGACAUUCAUUUGUCGGCGGAGGAAGAGGCAAAGCUGGAGGCGAAGGCAAGAGAGUAUUUCGAUGAAACUGCUCCCAAGCGCCACACUAAGCCUCAGCGUAGCGAAUAUGCUUCUCGAUAUGUCGACGAUCUCCCCAAUGACAAGGAAAACAAGAACGUUAUUCCCGAACUCGUUGAGUUUCAACGUCUGGAAAAUGAUCCCCAGAAGCUGGUGUACGGUGGAAAAGAAGUGAGAGAGGAAUUUGUGGAGACCGAGUAUUACAAGGAUCUCAACUGCGUCGACAAACACCAUCACACGACAGGAACAGGGUUCAUCCAAAUCGAAAACGCUGAUGGCAAAAGCUUCCAUUUAGCACCUGAUUCUGACAACAGCUGCCACGCGUCUUGCCAUUGCAACCCAGCGACCAACGACUGGAUUCCGGCCGGUGAUAAUAUGGAAACUCCUGCUUCCGACAAGCCAAACAGGAGCGACAACUAAAUUGGAGGAUGGGUGCCAUUGUGUUCAAUAAAGAUCUAGAGGUUGCAUUUCUUUUUUCUUAUGUCAAUUCGUGGGUGGAUAUGUUGAUAAAUUGUAGUUGAGGAGGGUGUGAUUGAUUGAAGAGGGGGCCAAGAUGCCUGUAUUAUAUGUUGAAAUUUGAGCCUUUUUGGCACUUGUUAUCCAAUCGCCUUGUUUAAAUAAUAACUAGAAAUCUCCUGUGGCUCAAUUUAAAAAUGAAGAUUGCAAGACAAAUCUUAGCCUUUA